CCAACACUUGCGCUCACCACCAAAACGCUGCUCGCCGCACCCACCGUCGACAGCGCCCCGGACCCCACCACCAUGUCCGACUGCGUUGCCAUUGCCCCCGAGCUGCCCUUCCGGUCACAGAUCGCGGAGACGCUGCAGCAUGCGUCCCGGUCUAUGCCGCCGGCCGACCAGGUUGCUGCGCGCGAGCUCCUGAACACGUUUGACAAGCAGCUCAAGCCUGCGGACGGCUCGGAGCCGUCCACCGAGACCAAGCGCGAGAUCGUGCGCAAGGUCGUCAACACCUUUGUCGAGACGAAGGGCGCGCUCGAGGCCGCGAAGGAGGGAGAGGCCGAGUCGUGCAGCCUUUUGUUGCAACACGUGAUCGCGGACAACUUUGACACCAAGAGCGAGGAGUACGCCAAGCUCGUCAAGAGCGUGGCGGAGGCAGUGCGCGUUGGCGGCGAGGCAGCAGCUGAGGCCGGGCGGCCAGGAAAGGUUGAGAUUGCCGAGCGCAUCCUCACAAACUCGUACAACUUCUUCCCCGCCGAGUCCCCCCUCCGCCCCGCCGUUCUCCAGACCCUCAUCACGCUUCUCGGCGCGGCCGACGACCUCUCCGCCCUUCCCCUCACCCCCGCAACCCUCAUCCCGGCCCUCAACCAGUGGUCCACGUCCGAGGAGGAGAAGGUCGCCUUCCUCACCCACGCCGCGGGCGUGUACGAGAAGGCGGGCGAGCUUUCGCGUGCCCUCGACUUGACGGUGUUGGCGCUCGAGCGCGCCAUCGACGCCAAGACGGCCGAGCACGCGCUUGCCCUCGCCCUUGCCCUCCCCAACCGCUUCGACGUCGACGACAUCCUCAAGGUGCAGGGUGCGCGCGACGCGCUGUCGGGCCCGGCUGACGAGCUCGUCGACCUCUUCACCAAGGUCGACGAGCUCGCGGCGGUCGAGAAGGCCGCUGCGUGGUCCAAGACCAACGCCGCGUACGUGGAGAAGCUCGGUGUUGCAGGUCUCGACGCCGAGGAGGUCCUCCGCAAGGUCCGUCUCAUCGCCCUUACGACGCUGGCCGCGCGCAGUGCGACCAAGGAGAUCACCUAUGCCGACCUGGCCGGUGCGCUCAAGGUCGACGAGGCCGAUGUCGAGGCAUGGGUUAUCGAUGCGAUCCGCGCCGGCCUCCUCCAGGCCCGCCUGAGCCAGCCCCAGAGCAUUGUCCGCGUCAUCUCUGUCAGCAGCCGUGGCACCCGCCGCUUCGGCAAGGACGAGUGGCAGCUUCUGGAGAAGCGCCUGAGCGAGUGGAAAUCGGCUGUCGCUGAGGCGCGCGCCACUAUCGAGAGCGCUGAGGAGGUUGCUGCCCAGGGGCCAAUCACCAACCAGCGCAGGCCGCAGCAGCGCCGGCAGCAGGGCCAGCAGGAGCAGCAGGAGGAAGCCACCCAGGCGUAGACUAUAGGUUAGUAUGCAUGUGAGAUAGCCUUAGAGGGGUGUGCAGAG